AUGAAGUUUUGUAUUCAGAUUGUAGCAAUUCUUUUGCUAUGCUUGAGAACCAGCGCUAUCAACGUUGGUUCUUGUGAAAUAAAUAAUGUCAAUAGUGGAUUCAAUGUAGAUUAUUACAAUGUAUCAUACCAUGAUUGUGGUGCCGGAAGUGAUGAGACUUCCUCAGUUUGUGCAGAAUACCUUCAAAAUGACUUUGAACAACGGUUGUCCCCAUCUUUAAGUAUUGAAGGUGUCCAGAAUCUUACUUUCUAUUUCAAUCCCCCCUUACCAGAUCCAGUCUAUGAAACACUUUAUGGUAAACUUGUCAAUGUUCAGAGUUUUGGGUUGAGAAUAACAAGUUACUUUCAUGCUCCUCAAUCCGGUACUUACCAGUUCACAAUCACAGGGGUUGAUGAUGCUGUGGUUUUUUAUUUUGCAGGACAGCAGAGUUACGACUGUUGUCAAUCAGUUACCGAGCUAUACACUCCUUCCCUUGUUGCACAAUAUCCGGCUGGAACAACCACAUAUGAUAUAACAUUGGAGGAGGGAUACUAUCCAAUGAAAUUACUUUAUAUCAACUGGGGUGGAGCAGGUAGUUUGAAAUUUCAAGUAGUUUAUCCAGACGGCACUGUUGUUACGUCUGAUAAUAUGCCAGCUUAUGCUCCACAAGAAGAUUCCCAGUGCGUAGUUAACACCGUUACCACUACCUCAACUUGGACAGAGACAUUCGGAACAACUUACACUAUAACUCCAACCGAAACUGGAAACGUUACUGCAACUGUGAUCGUAGAAGUUCCUCCUAUACCCACUACUACCAUCACCAGUGGUUCAGUCCCAACUAGUUAUUUGACUACUAUCACCACUGGUUCAGUUCCUGUUACUGAAUAUGUUACUGUCACUCCAACUCCAGAAAUUCCAACUACUACCAUUACAAGUGGUUCAGUACCUACUAGUUAUUUGACAACUAUUACUACUGGUUCAGUUCCUGUUACUGAAUAUGUUACUGUCACUCCAACUCCAGACAUUCCAACUACAACCAUUACUAGUGGUUCAGUCCCAACUAGUUAUUUGACUACUAUUACCACUGGUUCAGUUCCUGUUACUGAAUAUGUUACUGUCACUCCAACUCCUGAUAUCCCAACUACAACUAUCACUAGUGGUUCAGUACCUACUGGUUACUUGACUACUAUUACCACUGGUUCAGUUCCUGUCACCGAGUACGUUACUAUAACUCCAACUCCAGAAAUUCCAACUACAACUAUCACUAGUGGUUCAGUACCUACCGGUUACUUAACUACUAUUACUACUGGUUCAGUUCCUGUUACUGAAUAUGUUACUGUCACUCCAACUCCUGAUAUCCCAACUACAACCAUCACUAGUGGUUCAGUACCUACUGGUUAUUUUACUACCAUCACUACUGGUUCAGUUCCUGUUACUGAGUACGUUACUGUGACCCCUACUCCAAAUAUUCCAACUACUACUAUUCCUGGUAGAUUCCCAACAACUUACUUAACCACCAUCACCACCGGUUCAGUACCUUUUACUGAAUACGUCGUUGUCACUCCAACGCCUUGGUCUAAUUCUACCUCAGGAGUCCCUUCAAGCCCAGUUACUGAUACAACUAUGAUUUCUUCAACCGCUGUCCCACCUUCGGGCCCUGCCAUCACUACUGAAACUGCUACCACUAUUGUCACCCUUCCAUGUGAUGUUUGUGAAGGUGGUGUCUCAACCUCAACCAAAACAACAGUUACUACAAAGACUUUACCAUGUCAUCAAUGUGAAGGUACAAAUACCGAUGGUGGAAACCCUCAAGUUACUCCUCAAUCGAGUCCUACCAAAGUCCCAGGUUCUGGUUCUGGUUCUGGUUCACCAGGUUCUGAUAACUCUGGAACCACUUCACCUGUUGUUUCUGCUCCAGUCAGUACUUAUGAAGUCUUAGAGGGUGGUGCUUCUUCAAAAGCUGUCACAUCUUUAUUACUUGUUCUUUCAAGUUUCUUAUGGUUUGCUUAA